AUGAUGGUGUUGUUAAGCGCUAUGGUGUUUAUGUGGUCGAUAAGCGCAGCUCUUUCGCUGCAGCACAGUGCGUGGGAAAGAGUAUCGGUAUUAUCGUGUGCCAUCAAUCUUACCCAGAUACCGUGGAAUUUUGAAAGUGAACCUGGUUUCUAUAACAAAUUAUGUGAUUAUGAACCAGCUUUUGGAUCUUGGUCUCAUUGUAUCCAUGAACAGUUACUAGAUGUUGCAAAUGAAUCCACAUUUGUGAAAAGUUUGGAUUAUAUAAACCAGUUGUGCUCACUAGUUGACGGUGAUGACAGGCAUGGUGUGACUCUCGAGAAGUACUAUUCAUCAUUACACAAUGCAUCACAUUACAUGCGGCCUGUACCGUCAGAUCCUAAAUUUAAAGCGUGGUAUCCCGUAGAGAUAGAUUCAGCAACCAGACGUCAAUUAAAUUCUGCCUAUUAUUCAUUUUUGAUAAAUCUUGAUAAUAGUGAUAAAUAUGCAUUGUGGUUAAUAUGGUAUUUCAUAAUUAUAAUGGGUGUUGCUGCUCUACUAAUGAUACCAGGCGUGAAACCUUGGUUGUUUAAAUUUACUACUGUGAAUAAAAUUAGAGGUGACUUCAUUUUACCGACGUUAACUCAAACUCACGCUGCUUAUCUACCUUAUAAAUGGGCCACUGGAUUGGUACCAACUAAAUUUGAAUCUCUAUUAGUACUUGGAUUUUUCCUACUGCAUGGAUUCUUACUGUUUUACAAUUACAAGAUUGAUCCCUACAACAUGAUUUUCAAAUCUCAUCAAUUACAAUGGCUUAGACAAGUAGCAGAUAGAAGUGGUAUCCUUUCAUUUGCUCAUUUCCCAUUAAUAGUGGUUUUCAGUACAAGAAACAGUAUCCUCGAGCAUUUAACUGGCUUCAAAUACACCACCUCUAUCGUUCUACACAAAUGGGUUGGUAGAAGUAUGGUUAUCGAUGCAUUCAUUCAUGGCAUAGCUUAUAUUCUAUAUGCACAAGAGACUGAAUCCAUUGAAAGCUUGAGUCAACAAGAUUUUUGGAAAAUCGGUGUCUUAGCCGCUUACGUUGCUAUUUUCCUUUGUAUCUUUUCAAUGGGUUUCUUGAGAAGAAGUUACUACGAAACAUUCCUCUAUUUGCACAUCGUAUUAGCACUAUUCUUCUUUUACUGCUGCUGGGCCCAUGUUAAAAGAUUUGGUUGGGAGAAAUGGAUCCAUGUAUCAAUAGCGUUUUGGAUACUAGAAAGAUUAUUGAGAUUGAAAUCAAUCUUAAGAUUCGGUAUCGCAUCGGCUAAAUUAGAAUUAGUAGGCCCUGAUUUGUUCAAAGUGCUGGUACCACGUCCUGCUAAUUGGUCUUGCCAACCUGCGCAAUACGUUUUUCUAUAUUUCCUACAGCCUGCUUGCAUAUGUUGGCAAUCCCAUCCAUUCACCUUUAUAGAUUUGGGCCAAGAGGUACUAAUUGUCAUUAGAGCCAAACAAGGUGCUACACAGCGUGUGCUUACAGAUCUAAUCCAUAAAGGUGGUCGAUCUCAACUGAAGGUCCUCAUUGAAGGUCCAUACGGUGCAUCUUCACCAUUACCUAGAUUUCAAGACACAUUGCUACUAUGUGGCGGUAGUGGUGUACCAGGACCACUGGCCUAUGCUCUCAACAUGGCUCAACCACUGGCAUCAGCACCGCAACGUCAAAACCUCCACAUCGUAAUCGUUAAUAGGGGUGUUGACAUUUUAGAAGCUUACAUGGACCCGAUACUUCGUUUAAAGCAUCUAAACGUCGAUCUGCAAAUCCAUAUUACUGGUUCUCAAACGAAGCAGCUAACUUCAGGCACACCCCAACAAUACGGUUCUACUGCAGUGGCCAACCCCGGAUGGGGUAGCGCCAGCAAGAUUCAGAAUUUACAAGAAGUAAUUAGCUCUGCACGCAUCCAUUACGGACGCCCCAACGUGAGCGAAGUAAUUGCAAAUAUCGCAGGAGAAUCCAGAUCACUGGCAAUAUGCUGCUGUGGACCACCAGCAUUUGUUGACUUAACUAGAAACUACGUGGCUGAAACGAUAGGAACCAGCGUGAGAAACAAUAGAAGAAACAAUAACAGCAGCAUGAUAGAAUACUUUGAAGAGUAUCAGACGUGGUGA